AUGACGAUCAAUAAGUCUCAGGUUGACGAUUGUGCAUCGGAAAGAUUUGUCCGGUGGUCGGCGAUGCAGGGUGCGGAGGCUGGGGCGGUGGGCGGAGAGCAGGCUGUCACGUGGAGCUCGGGGCGCCGGCGCGGCCGGGCCGCCCGGGCGCUUGGCCGGGCUCGCGGCCGCGGCAUUCCCCUGUCGGCAGCCGGCCUCGUCGCUAUGUGCGCCGUCGCGCGGUCAGCUAUGCCCGUUGCGGCCGUUCGUCCACCGGCCCGAGCAUCUCGGUCCUGUCGAGAUCUUAGCGCCGCUGCCGGCGCCUCGUUGCUAGAAGCGCGAGGAGGCGCGGGCACGCCGAGGCGCGCGCCCGGCCGCCUGCUCGCGCUCAUGGAGCCACCUUGGGAGCUCGAACUCGAGCUGAGGAGGCAUAUCGAAACUUGCGCUUGUACCUGCGACCACAUGGGAUACGGGAACUAUAUGGACUACCAGGUGGCGCCGGCGGCGUGCGUGUGUCGCGCGAUCACCUCUCCGCACGCCCACGCGGCUGUACCGGAGGGCAUGACUUUUCCUGGUUCCCUCCCAGAUGUGGCGGAAAGAUGCGGUCCUUGGGCACAAGAUUCGGCAUCAGCGUCUGCGUCAGGAAGCUCUGACGAGAAGCCCUCACCGUCGCGGACACGUUGGCGCGUGGUUCUCAUACUGCUGUUAAUAUUGUGCGCAUUUAGCGGUGUACUAGCAUUACCACUUGCCCUCGGCGGCGGCGGACGCGCUACUCACGAACAACGACUAUCAACUGCUCAACACUUAUUACGUGUUUCUCCUUUAGUUGAUGGUCAUAAUGAUUUGGCAUGGAAUGUUCGAAAAUUCCUUCACAAUAAAAUUGGUGAUUUUAAUUUAAGCGGCGGUUUGGAAGGUUUGGAACCGUGGGCUCGUUCGCGCUGGUCGCAUACAGAUAUUCCACGGUUAAGGCUCGGCCAGGUUGGCGCGCAAUUUUGGUCAGCGUAUGUUCCUUGUGGUGCCAGUGAUAAAGAUGCUGUGCAGUUAGCACUGGAACAGAUGGAUGUUAUCAAAAGGAUAGUCGAAAUGAAUGCUGAGCACCUUGCUUUAGUUACAGACGCAGAGGAGUUGUUGGAUGCACAUCGUGAAGGACGAAUCGCCUCACUAAUAGGAGUUGAAGGUGGCCAUGCACUUGGGGAUUCUUUAGCCGUACUUCGUGCAUUUUACCAUUUAGGAGCUCGGUAUUUAACGGUGACUCAUACAUGUGAUACGCGAUGGGCGCGUUCCGCUGGCACCUCUGGUGGACUUACAGAGUUCGGACGCGCCGUGGUUCGUGAAAUGAAUCGUCUAGGAAUGAUCGUUGAUCUUUCACACGCCGGUGACGAGACUGCUCGUGAUGCUCUUGAAAUAUCGCAAGCUCCUGUAGUUUUUUCUCAUUCUGGAGCUGCAGCAAUUUGCAAUUCAACUAGAAAUGUCCCAGACGAUCUUUUACGUAUGAUAGCGGAAAAUGGGGGAGUGGUGAUGAUUAAUUUUUAUGCAAAACUUGUUACCUGUGGGGAACGUGCAACUAUAAAAGAUGUUGUCGCGCAUAUUAAUCAUGUACGGAGAGUAGCAGGAGUAGAACAUGUGGGUAUCGGUGCAGGAUAUGAUGGCAUUGAUGCACCGCCAGAAGGAUUGGAAGAUGUAUCACGUUAUCCUCACCUAUUAGCCGAGCUGCUACGGGACCCUGAUUGGAGCGAAGAAGAUGUGCGAAAGUUGGCGGGAAUGAACGUGGUACGCGUGCUUCAGCACGUAGAGAGAGUGCGAGAUCAAUGGAAGCGCGCUGCGGUUCAGCCGGGAGAAGAAACACCAGGCGCACGUCUCAGCGAGUGCGUGUACACGCCUGCGUGA